AUGGGGCUGUUUGAUUCGUUCUCUUCCGCUGGUCCAAGCCAAGGUCUUCAAAUGAACGGCUCACCAUUCAUGCAAAACGGAGUCAACAUCUUUGACGAGAACAACCGCUCAAUGAACAACAGCUUCACCAAUGCCUGGGUUCCUGAGAGAAGUGAGUCCCCUGCUCCUUAUACUCGUUACGCCACCCACUUGUUCGACAAUUAUGAUGGCAACAACGAGAAUAUCGAAGACGGUGCUGGUUUCAUGAACACCCCCGAAGUCGAAGCCGAUCGCGAGAACGAGGAUGCUGACAGCUUCCGCCACUUCUAA